AUGGAUGAAGAAUACGACGCGAUAGUUCUGGGAACGGGUUUGAAGGAGUGCAUCCUCAGUGGAAUGCUCUCCGUGUCCGGAAAGAAGGUAUUGCACAUUGAUCGUAAUAAGUACUACGGUGGUGAAUCUGCGUCAAUUACCCCGUUAGAAGAAUUGUUCGCAAAGUUCAACGCACCGGCUCCCGACGAAACAUACGGCCGAGGUCGCGACUGGAAUGUCGAUUUGAUUCCCAAGCUGCUUAUGGCCAAUGGGCUUCUUGUAAAGCUUCUCAUCCACACGGGUGUGACUCGGUAUUUGGAAUUCAAGUCUGUGGAGGGCAGCUAUGUCUACAAAGGCGGAAAGAUUUCAAAAGUGCCCGUCGAUCAAAAGGAGGCGCUGGCGUCGGAUCUCAUGGGGAUGUUCGAGAAGAGGCGCUUCCGAAAUUUCCUUAUUUACGUUCAAGAUUUCCAGGAAGAUGAUGCUAAGACCUGGAAAGACUUUGACCCCAGUACGGCCAACAUGCAGUCGCUUUAUGAUAAGUUCGGCCUCGACAAGAACACCCAAGACUUCACUGGGCACGCUCUGGCCCUCUACCUCAAUGAUAACUACCUCCAGCAACCAGCUAUACAAACCAUUCGUCGUAUUAAACUGUACUCCGACUCGCUGGCGAGAUAUGGCAAAUCUCCCUACUUGUACCCCAUGUAUGGAUUAGGUGAGCUGCCCCAAGGCUUUGCUCGUCUCUCUGCUAUCUACGGAGGCACCUACAUGCUGGACAAACCUAUAGAUGAAAUAGUUCUUGGAGAAGGUGGAAAGGUGGUGGGUGUCCGAUCAGGCAAUGAGAUUGCCAAGUGCAAGCAAGUGUACUGUGACCCCAGCUAUGUCCCUGACCGUGUCCGCAAGAAGGCCCAGGUGAUCCGUUGCAUUUGUUUAUUGGAUCAUCCUAUUCCCAACACAAAGGAUGCUUUGUCCACCCAAAUCAUCAUUCCCCAGAAGCAAGUAGGAAGGCAUUCUGAUAUCUACAUAUCAGUUGUGUCGUACACACACCAAGUUGCUGCUAAAGGAUGGUUCAUUGCCAUGGUGUCUACUACUGUUGAGACCAAUGACCCUGAGACUGAGAUCAAGCCAGGCCUAGACCUGCUUGGCCCCAUCAGACAGAAGUUUGUGUCUGUCACAGACUACUAUGAGCCCCUUGAUGAUGGCACUCAAAGCCAAAUCUUUAUAUCUGAGUCUUAUGAUGCUACCACACACUUUGAGACUACCUGCUUAGAUGUGAUUAAAAUUUACAAGUAUGGCACAGGUGAAGACUUUGACUUCUCCAAGGUGAAAGUGGAGCUCGGGGAGGAGGAACAGUGAACUAUGUUAUAAUAUCAUGUUUAUGUACAUUGCUUGUUAAUUUUAUAUUUGUUUAAGAACUGUUCUGGCAACAAUAACAAUACUCUAGGGAUUUUGGGUUAACAAUUUUAAGAGCUUAGAUGUAUCGGCAGUAGAUCAAGUAUUAAUGUAUGUACAACGCUCCCAGUGGUUCCAAAACGGAUUUUAUGCAUUUGAUUGCCAAAAAUAAAAUAUUAUUUAAAGGAAUUUAUACUUUAUUUAAAGCUGCUUUUUAAGUAUACAAAGCUAUUAUAUGAUCUGCACAAGUGGUAGGUUAUUUGUACCAGAUGUUAUGCAUUCCAAUUUGGUCAUUGUUUCAUUCUGUAACCAUAUCAUACUUGUAACGAGUCAAAAUUUAUGAAUGCUCAUUAUACCUAUAUGUUGUGUAAGAUCAUGAAUAAAAGUUAUAAUUAUGA